UGAGCGAUUUGGUUGGCUUUGGUUGGGUCGUUUGGCGUUCGGUCUGCGAAAUGGUCUUCAAAUUCACAAAUCGAGCCGCACAUUUGUUUAUUGCGUUGCUAUCCAUAUUUAUCUCAAUGGCUGGCAUUGUGUGCGUCGAUCGAUUGCCCGAAGCGCUUAAGCAGGAUCAGCUGAUUGUGAAUCACAUUUGCCUGCUGCAGAUUAUUGCGAGCGUUCUAUUAAUUGUGGGCUCCCUCAAGCGCAAGCAUUCGUAUUUCGGGCCUUGGCUGCUGAUAGCAACUCUAUUCGCUUAUACUUUGAUUUACAAAAGCAUAGACUAUUGGCUAAUUGCGUGGAUCGAUAUAAGGGCUACCCUGGGAAUCAUAUGUCUGCUUUACAUUAUAGCAGGUUUCUGGCUUUACUACAUCCACGCCGUUUAUCAGGACUUUCGGAAUAAGUGGGGAAAUGGUGAUGAAGGAGUAACUCAUCUAAAUAUGGUUUAAUAAAUUGCUUACAAGAGAA